GCCACUAUACCAUUACUGUGCAGCUACAAGGAUGUGACAGUCGACGCCGCCACUGGGUCUGGUAAAACCCUAGCAUUUGUCUUACCUCUCGUUGAGAUCCUCCAUCGCUCUUCCUCCGCCUCUAAUCCUAAACCUCACAAGGGAACAGCGGAAUUUAGUAUUCCCAAUUGGAGGCAUACCUGCUGAAUAUAAGCAAGAUCCUGGAGAACUAGAAUGUUAAGUAUUAGUUGUGCUCAGUUGUACCGUGUCAAGUUUCAUAUUACUCCAAGAGGACAGAUGAAUCGGGUCUUAUCCCUUCGAUUCCUCGCUGCAUGCUUCAAUGAGAAAGGAAAAGAGCUUUGGCGCGUCCUUUUGGGCUAUGGUUGCAAGAUCUCGCUUUCAAUUCAAAAUUGUACAAUAGCGGUCUCUCUCUCUCUCUCUCUCUCUCUCUCUGGGAGAGUGACCGGAAGCAUUCUCUCUACCCCUCCGUAUCUGACGCUGACCCACGCUCUAGCCAUUCAAAUUUGACUACAUAAUGAGUUACUUAGACAAAUACAUAUUCUUGUGGGAAUGAAGAGCUGCACGACAACGGUGCUGUUAUCCACUUCACAUGUUUGGAGACGUGGACUCUGCUGAUUGACUUUGUGAAAAAUGAGUCACUUAGUCAUUGUUGUUUUAAAAGACAUUCGUCUUUCCUGGUUAAUAGCAGCAAGUUGGUUCAUUUAGGGUGUUUCUUUCUUGGAAUAUUCAAACUUGACGGAUCUUCGGUGUACCAGCUUGAACUUGAUUCAGCAGUAGUUCCAGUUGGGUGGUGCUAUAAGAUUAGUAUAGUUGGAGGUAAUGGGUAUAAUUAUAUCACCUACCAGGGAGUUGUCGUCACAAAUAUUUCACGUUGCUCAACCAUUCAUUUCGACAUUAGCAAAUGUUAGGCCUAUGCUUCUUGUUGGGGGACUAGAAGUAAAGGCAGAUAUCAGAAUGAUAGAGGAGGAAGGAGCAAAUUUGUUGAUCGGGACACCUGGAAGGCUAUAUGACAUAAUGGAGCGCAUGGAUAUACUGGACUUUCGGGAUCUUGAGAUCCUCAUAUUAGAUGAGGCUGAUAGGCUAUUAGGCAUGGGAUUCGAGAAGCAGCUAAAUUCAAUUAUUACUCGUUUACCUAAGCUUCGUAGAACGGGUCUUUUCUCUGCUACUCAAACUGAGGCAGUUGAAGAACUAUCAAAGGCAGGGUUGAGAAAUCCUGUCAGGGUUGAAGUUCGGGCAGAAGCAAAACAGCUGAGUGGUUCUGCAUCGUCUGGGAAUUCGACCUCGUCAAAAACACCUUCCGGCCUUCAUAUUGAGUAUCUUGUAUGUGAAGCCGACAAGAAAUCAUCGCAGCUUGUACACCUCCUAAUGAAGAACAAGUCAAAAAAAACUAUAGUCUAUUUCAUGACUUGUGCUUGUGUUGAUUAUUGGGGAACUGUUCUUCCACGUUUCUCUUGUCUGAAAAGUUUUUCAUUGAUCUCUCUUCAUGGAAAGAUGAAGCAGAGUGCAAGGGAAAAAGCACUAGCAUCAUUUACAUCUCUUUCGAGUGGUAUUCUUUUAUGCACAGAUGUAGCAGCACGUGGACUUGAUAUUGCAGGUGUUGAUUAUAUAAUACAGUACGACCCUCCUCAGGAUGAUAAAAUGUUUAUACAUAGAGUAGGCCGAACAGCUAGGCUGGGCCGACAAGGAAGUGCUGUUAUUUUUCUAUUACCAAAGGAGGAAGCCUAUGUGGAGUUCUUGCGUAUAAAAAACGUUUUCUUAGAAGAGGGGGAAUGUGCCUCUGAGGCUCCUGAUGUUAUCGAUGAAAUACGGUCAGCAGCAAAGAAAGAUCGUGAUGUAUUGGAGAAAGGACUCAGAGCCUUUGUGUCAUACAUCCGUGCAUAUAAAGAGCAUAACUGCUCUGACAUUUUGAGGUGGAAGGAGCUUGAGAUUGGGAAGUUGGGCAUGGGAUAUGGUCUUUUGCAGCUUCCUUCUGUGCCUGAUGUGAAGCAUCAUGCUCUUUCUCUGAAGGGAUUUACUCCAGUUGAAGAUAUCAACCUGGAGGAGAUCAAGUAUAAGGACAAGUCCAGGGAGAAGCAAAGAAAGAAGAAUUUGCAAGCAAAAAAGGCUGCAAUAGCACAACAACAAGAACAGAAGACACAGAGACUUAAAAAAGAAGCAAAUUCUACAGCAACUGCCACGAGAAAGAAAACUGCCAAACAGAGACGUGCUACUCAGUUAGUUGAAGAUGAAGAUGAGAUUACAAGGGAGUACCGCCUAUUGAAAAAGCUUAAAAAGGGUGCUAUCAAUGAGAACGAGUUUGCAAAAUUGACUGGGACUGAAGACUUGCUUCCUGACACAUGAUUACAUCGAGGCGCAAAUUCUGUCGGUGAAAUACAUUCAUAUGUGGUGGUUGGAGAUGUUAUAUCAGUUAUCUAGCUAAGAAAGAUAAGUAUGUCGGGAUCGCCCAGAAACUGACGUUGAUCAAGCAAUUUUUGGAUAACAAGCACAAUCAUUCAUCAGUUACCUAUGCUACCUUGCAUUGGAUUGCAGAUCCAUGGAUGAGCGACCAAAUUUUGUUCUAUCUGACCUUUUCUUGUGAUUUUAUUUAUCAUUUUUCCUCUUUUUAUUUUAUUUUUAUUUUUUAUUCUAACUAUUGGUAGCGGGGUGUUUUGUUCUGAUAUGUAAUUUAUGUCAUAAAUCAUACACUUGAUUUUAUCAAUGACAACUGGAUGAUGGACGGUUUUUAUA